AUUCGGUUAAAAAGUUACUCAGUUAAUAACUGCAAAAUGAGAACAUUGCUUUUGUUGUGUAUUAUAGUACAUUUUUAUGGGGCCCAAAGUAUAAGAGUUUGCAAAACUGCAAUUGAUUAUGUAACUGGAAAAAACUGUUAUGAAAAUAAGGACGAUACAAGAAAUAUUACUGAAGUUAUAUCAUCCAGGGGAUAUAAUGUCGAAGAACACUUUUUAACAACUGAUGAUGGCUAUGAGAUUUUAGUGGAAAGACUUUAUAGUAAAGUAACGAAGACAAAUCCUGUUUUAAUAGGACAUGGAAUUAUGAUGAAUGGUGAAGGAUUUGUUUCACAGGGGAAUAAGUCUUUGGGAUUUGUUUUGGCGAACGCGGGAUAUGAUGUGUGGUUAAUAUCUUUUAGAGGACUAAAGUACAGUAAUAAAGGAAAAAUACCAAAUUCAGAAUAUCGUUACUGGAAUUUUACGUUUCACGAAAUGGCAAUAUAUGAUUUUAAGGCAGUUCUAAACUUGGUUUCGACGACCACAAACCAAAAAGUGAUCUACAUGGGUUAUUCUAUGGGUACCCAUGUGGGUUUCGCGUAUGGAAGCCUUUUCCCACAAGAAACUGAAGAAAAAAUUGCUGGUCUUAUGAUGUUAUCUCCGGUUGCUUAUUACAUUAAUGCCAAAACUUUUGCUCAGUUUUUGAGACCGUUCUUGCCAUUAUUGACGUUCAUUGAUAAGUUCGUUUUCCAUGGCCAUAUUUUCGACUUUCUGCCAAAGACACUUAAAUUUUGCACACUCGGUGGAGUGGUGACAAUGAAUAUAUGUCAUGGAUUGGCAGGGAUUAUUUUCGGAUUUGAUUACCAGCAGAUCGACUAUGAGACGUAUCCAUUGUUUUUCCAAAAAGUCCCCGACACAAUUUGUUUGAAAAAUUUAGAACACGAGUUGCAGAUUGGAAAGAGUGUUAGAUUUGCGCAAUAUGAUUAUGGGACAAGUUUAAAUAUGGAGUAUUAUAACCAACCAGACCCGCCACUUUAUAACUUAACUAAUAUCCCAGUGCCAGUUUCGAUGUGGUUAGGAUUAAACGACUGGAUAUCAACUGUUGAGUCCGCAGAAAAAACUCAAAGCCAGUUACAACCAAAGAAUAGAUGCAAAAUAAAUAUUAUCAGUUUAAAAAGCUGGAUGCAUCUUGAUAUACUCGAAGCCAAAGAUGUUAUACCUUUAUUUUUUAAUAAUUUAUUAAAUGAAGCUGAAAAAAUAGCUGAAGAUGUAGGUGUAGAGCCAAUCACCAACCACAGUGUUCUAUUUCCGGAAAUAUUCGCUGAAAUUCGUGACAUGCCGGGUAUAAAGUUGCGGACUGAAGUUAUAUCAUCAAGGGGAUAUAAUGUCGAAGAACACUUUUUAACAACUGAUGAUGGCUAUGAGAUUUUAGUGGUAAGACUUAACAGUAAAGUAACGAAAACAAAUCCUGUUUUAAUAGGACAUGGAAUUAUGAUGAAUGGUGAAGGAUUUGUUUCACAGGGAAAUAAGUCUUUGGGAUUUGUUUUGGCGGACGCGGGAUAUGAUGUGUGGUUAAUAUCAUUUAGAGGACUAAAGUACAGCAAUAAAGGAAAAAUACCAAAUUCAGAAUAUCGUUACUGGAAUUUUACGUUUCACGAAAUGGCAAUAUAUGAUUUUAAGGCAGCUCUAACCUUGGUUUGGACGACCACAAACCAAAAAGCGAUAUACAUGGGUUAUUCUAUGGGUACCCAAGUGGGUUUCGCGUAUGGAAGCCUUUUCCCACAAGAAACUAAAGAAAAAGUUGCUGGUCUCAUGAUGUUUUCUCCUGUUGCUUAUUACAUUAAUGCCAAAACUUUUGCUAAGUUUUUGACACCGUUUUUGCCAUUAUUGACGUUCAUUGAUAAGUUUGUCUUCCAUGGCCAUAUUUUCGACUUUUUGCCAGAGACACUUAAAUUUUGCGCACUCGGUGGAGUGUUGACAAUGAAUAUAUGUCAUGGAUUGGCAGGGAUUAUUUUCGGAUUUGAUUACCAGCAGAUCGACUAUCAGACCUAUCCAUUGUUUUUACAAAAAGUCCCCGAUACAAUUUGUUUGAAAAAUUUAAAACACGAGUUGCAGAUUGGGAAGAGUGUUAGAUUUGCGCAAUACGAUUAUGGGACAAGUUUAAAUAUGGAGUAUUAUAACCAACCAGACCCGCCACUUUAUAACUUAACUAAUAUCCCAGUGCCAGUUUCGAUGUGGUUAGGAUUAAACGACUGGAUAUCAACUGUUGAGUCCGCAAAAAAGAUUCAAAGCCACUUACAACCAAAGAAUAGAUGCAAAAUAAAUAUUAUCAGUUUAAAAAGCUGGAUGCAUCUUGAUAUACUCGAAGCUAAAGAUGUUAUACCUUUAUUUUUUAAUGAUUUACUAAAGGAAGCGGGAAAAAUUGCUGAAGGUACUUGUACUAGUGAAUAAAUAAAGGAAAAGUCUUUAUUUUUAAAUAAAUUUGAAUGCUAACAUCAAUUUUGCAUAGUUUUGUGAAAUGUCAAAACAACAAGGUUAAUUUGAUUUACCAUAUAUUUUC